AUGGAAGGCCCUUCGGAGCCGAGCCGGAUGGUCUUUGUUUGGUCCCGAGGCGCUCGCCAGAAUCAGAGAAGAGAUCCGCAAGUAGGAGGUAUCUAUGUAUCAAAUCGCGCUUUCGAUGCUCGGCUGGUAGGUGUGCUAAACCUUCUUGGAUACGCCUCCUUUGCGAGUCACUUCGUUCUCCCAUCACUGACGUCGUGCGACACGAAGCUAGUCCUCGAGUCUGUCUUGAGAUGCAAGACGUUGCCCCGCUUCGUGGCUGUCCGUGGGAGGGAGGGCCUACACGCGCACUACGGCCUGUACCAGUCCAUACCCCGUGCGGACGCGAAUCGUGGGUUCCGAUCGAGCUCUCGAAUCUGUGCUUUCCGGCCUGUUGAGGUUGGUCUGGCAGGUUACGUAAAGGAAGUUGUCGCUGCCCGGUCACCGGCGAUACUGAAGUCCUCUGGAAAUCACGUCCGCUCUUUCACUUGGAGGGAAUUGAAUUGUCCCGACUUCAACGCAGUCAAGGGCGGGGCGGUCUCAUAUCCUCGCUAUAGGAAAGCUGUUGCGAGCGACGUAUCGGAGAUCACGAGGGAGCUCGAGGAGCGACGGAUCACCAUUUACUCAAGGUUGGGAGGCAAUCAUGAGCCAUCCCCUUCCGCGGCGCCUCCUGCGCCUCAAUAG